AUGAGUGCAGAGGACUUUCAGGCGCUGCGCAUGUGCCAGCUGCGGCAGCUCUGCCGGGACAGCGGCUUGGAGCUCACUGGCAACAAGCCGCAGCUGGCCGCGCGCCUCGCAGAAGGUCGCCACAGAACCCAGGAGGAGGUGCUGGCAUUGCGCCAAGGCUUUGCCGCGAACGGCGUGCGGAAGGCGGCCAAGGCGCAGGCCCGCAAGGCCACCCAGCGGAAGCCGGAGCCCGCGGAGCCCGCGGAGCCCGCGGAGCCCGCGGAGCCUGCGGAGCGCAAGGCCAAGGCCAAGGCGAAGGCCAAGGCGGCGAGGACUGUGAACGAGGAGGACUUCCGGAAGCUCAUGUGGGCCUUGGAGGACGGCGAGCUGCUCUGCGCCUGCGGGGAAGCCUUGAAGGGACGGAACGGCCGCUUCGGGUUCUUUCUCUUCUGCAGAAGCUGCAGCCAAGUGGAGCGACUGGAGAAAGCGGCAGGGCGACUGCAGGACGCGGAGCUCGCGGUGGUGCUGUACCUCGAGCUGGAGGCCCUCGCGCCGUCUUCCGUGCGGCUCCACGCGCGGGGCGCCAGGGACUGCGGCAAGCUGGGCGCUUGGGCGGAGGAGGCCGCCUGGUUGGAGGCCAGCGAGCCGCGGGAGGAUUGGACCAACCCCAAAGCGCUGCUUUUUACAGAGGAGGUGGAGCACUUGGAGCGUCGUGGCUACGUCUUCCCCUACGAUGACCUCGCGGAGCGCCUGGCACAGCUCGGCGCCGUGCUGAAGAGCGCGGCCGCGGCGGGGGUGAAGGUCAAGGUGGACGCGCUGCCGCCGGCCGUCCAGCGCUAUUUGGAGCCGACGCCCUGCGCCAGGCUGCGCGGGGAGGCCGAGCAGCUGGUCGCACAGGCGCUCACGCGGGCGCCGCAGCUGGCGCGCAUGCGAGGCUUCCAGUGGCAGGGGCUGCACCGCGUGCUGGAGCUGGGGGGCCGUUGUCUGCUGGCGGACGAGAUGGGCUGCGGCAAGUCCGCCCAGGCCCUUGCGGUGAUGGCGGCCUACAACGCCUGGCCCGUGCUCAUCAUCUGCCCCGCCUGCAUGCGCCUGGCCUGGGUGGAGGAGCUCGAGACCUGGCUGCCGGCGCUGCUGCAGCCCAGGCAUGUGCAUGUCAUCCACUCCUCCAAUGACAUGCUGCCGCAGAGCCGGAAACCGGAGGCCCUGGGCCAGAUCCGUGUGUGCAUCGUGUCCUACGCCAUGGCACGGCUUCUGUUCCAGAAUCUGAGCCGUCACUGGAGCUUGGCCAUCGUGGACGAGUCCCACUGCCUGAGGACCAUCAACGGGAGGUGUGGCCAGGGCACCUCGGCGAUUCUGGAGCUCCUGAAGCCGGUGGCGCGGGUGUUGCUGCUGUCCGGCACACCCAGCCGCUCCAGCUACCUGGACAUCUUCACGCAGGCGGAUCUGUUGCGCCCGGGCCUGCUGGGCCAAGACUGGGCCGCCUUUGCGCGGGACUACGAUGAGCCCGUCCUCUCGCCCUCCGGGCAUGUGGUGCCCGGGCGCUGCCGCAAGAGCUGGCAACUGGCCCUGCUGCUGCGGGACGCGGUCAUGGUGCGGCGCCGGAAGAGCGAGGUGCUGUCGGAGCUGCCGCCCAAGGUGCGGCGCCUGGUGCCGCUGGGCCUCUCCGGGGACCUCUCCCGGCAGCUCACGGAGCUGGAGCUGUCGAGUCGCACCGACUACGAGCGCUGCGGCCUGCUGAAGCUGGCGGCGGCGCAGACGUGGCUCCGGGAGAAGUUGGAGUUCUGCGUCACGGAGAAGCGGAAGGCGGUGGUGUUCGCGCAUCACCUGCGGGUUCUCGAUCGCAUCUGUCGUAUGGCCUCGGGUCUGGAGCUGGUGCGCAUCGACGGGUCCACUCCCCCCAUCACCCGCCAGGGCCUCAUCGCCAAGUUCAUGGCCCAGGAUGGGCCUUCCCUGGCGGUCAUUGGAGUCACAGCCUGCGCCGUGGGCGUGGAUCUCUCGGCGGCCUCCCUGGCCAUUUUCGCCGAGCUGCCGCCGGAUGCCUCCUGGCUCUGCCAGGCGGAGGAUCGACUGCACCGGCAAGGUCAGCAGCAGGCGGUGGACGUGCUUCUGCUGCUGGCAGCGCCAUCCCCCCGGCGCAAGGGCCCCUGGUCCGGCGCGGAGGUGGCCCGGGCGGUGCGCGCGGAGGAGCAGCGCUGGGCGGCGCUGCGGCGCCGCCUCCGGGAGGUCAGCACGCUGCACGACCAGCCCGCGCCCCAGGCCGGCCUCGCCGAGACGGGUCCUCCCACGGCUCCGCCGAGUCAGCCUGUACAAAGCGAUCCAUCCGACGCAUCCACAGCCUUUGCCUUUGAGGUGUCCCCGUACACACAGCGGGUACAUGUCUUCCUGGAGGGCCGGGCGCUGGGCAGCGGGCGCGGCGGCUGGGCGCGCAAGGCGGCGGAGCUGGGGCUGUCGCCGGCGCAGGGGCAGGCGCUGGAGGCGCAGGCGGCGGAGUUCCAGCGCAAGUGGCAGGAGCUGAGCCCCUACCAGCAGAGGCUCUCCAGAGGCACCGCCCACCAGGCCUCCUUCGAGGCUCCCGCCUCCCCUGCGCUGCGGGGCUCCAAGCGGCGCUUCGCGGCCUAUGCUGCAGAUGAGGCCAAAGCUUUGCCUCGCUGCGAAGUGCGGGUGCGCUACACCUUCGGUCGCCUCAGUGGCCGAGCCUUGACCUUCCUGCCCCCGGUCGAGACGGGACGGCUGCUUUGUAUGGAGUGUCUGAGGCGCUUGGAGGGCCUUCGGCCCAAAGAGCUGCUGGAGUUCCGCAGCCCCACGGGGGAGCGGGUCACCCACCGAGCCGACGGCGAAAACGCGGGCGAGUGCCAGGAGAGCGACCUCUUUUGCGGAGGCGAAUGUCGCGCGCGGUUCUUCGGGCAGCGCCAGGGCGCCUCGUUGCGGCGCCAGCUCUUUGAGUUAGAGCGGGGCGUCUGUCAGAAGUGCGGCCUGGACUGCCACGAGCUCUGGCAGCGCCUGAUACCGCUGGAGCCGGCGCAGCGGCUGAAGCGCCUGGAGGAGCUGGCGCCCUCCCUGGCCACCUCCAGCUCCGGGCAGAAGGUCACGGAGGGCUUCUUGUGGCAGGCGGACCACGUGGUGCCCGUGUGGCAGGGCGGGGGCCUCUGCGGUUUGGAGAACCUCCAGACGCUCUGCGGCGCCUGCCACUCGGCCAAGACCCGCGCCGAGGCGAAGGAGCGCCAGGAGCUGUCGCCCAAGAAGAAGUUUCAGACUCCUCCAAAGCGGGGAACUGCGAAAGUGAAGGGCCGGCGGAGCAACAUGUACGGCAAGGGCUACGGCGAUUUCGGAAAGGGAGGCUGGAACAAGGGCGGCUUCUAUGGCUACCCUCCCUGGGAUGGCGGCAAGGGCAUGAUGGGCUACGGCUACGGCAUGAUGAUGCCUCCUAUGUUCGCAUUCAAAGGCAAGGGCAAAGGGAAGGGCAAGCGGAGCCCACAACUCAACGUGGAUCCUGCCAAGAAGCUGUGGAUCGGCAACAUUCCAGAAGACGCCAAGUGGAAGGAUUUGCAAGCACUGGUGGACAAGGCGGGCAAGAGCCGCUGGGUGGAGAUCUUCCGUGGCAAGGGCAAGGGCACUGGCGCGGUGGUGUACAGCACCGCAGAGGAGGCACAGGCUGCCAAGGCCUCGCUGAACGGGGCGGACCUCUGCGGCUCCUCGAUCGUGGUGGACUCCUGGGAGCGAAGCGGCGAGCCGAUGUACGGCGGCAAGGGCUAUGGCGGCGGUUGGGGCAAAGGCGGAGGCGGCUACAAAGGGUACCCACCCUACGGAUUCUUCGGCUAUCCAUGGGAUGGCGGCAAGGGGAUGAUGAUGUACGGCAUGCCCCCGAUGUUUCCCUUCAAGGGCAAAGGCAAGGGCAAGGGCAAGCGAAGCCCGCAGCUUCGGGUCGAUCCCUCCAGAAAGCUCUGGAUCGGCAACAUCCCCGAGCAGGCCAAGUGGAAGGACCUCCAAGCCCUGGUGGACCAGGCCGGCGGCAAGAGCAAGUGGGUCGAGAUCUUCCGUGGCAAGGGCAAGGGCACUGCCGCUGUCGUGUAUGGCACUGCGGAGGAGGCGCAGAGCGCGAAGUCGGCGCUGAACGGCGCGGACUUGUGCGGCUCCUCCAUCGUGGUGGAUAGCUGGGAGAAAGGACUGAAGACCUAG